AUGCCUGAGUUUAUGGUGUUCAAUUCGACAGAGUAUAUCCUGAGUAAUGUAGAUGAGUUCAGACUUUACUAUGGAGUGUCUAUGUUCAUAACAUGUUGUUUAUCGUCUUUGUUACACUUGUUCGUUGUUAUGGUAUGUUGGAAUCAAUAUUUUACGAUUUUUGUAUACAUUUAGUUUUUAUAGUAUUAUUGAGUAAUACGGCUAUUGUAUUCAGUAGUAUAUGUUACUGUGUGAUAAGUCGACGUCUACUAUAAUAUAAAAUUAUGUUUAGAUCAUAUUCAGACUAAGGCUUCAUGGUAAAAGCGCAGUAUUCAGAUUGAUGUUUGUGAUAGAAUUGGAUGCCUUCUUCCAGAUAUUACUGUUUGUUACCUUCAGUGGUAUCUCAGUAUUUAACUUGGCUGUUCCCUAUGUCAUUCGCAAGGUAUGUUCUCUAUGUCAUUCGUAAUAAAAAAAAGUAACUGAAAGAAAGUUUUGAUAUACAAAUGUAAAUGUAAAUAAUUAAUAACCAUGUUGUAGGUGUUGUCAUUCAUAAUGACCAACUUGUUAUUGACUAUGUCAUGCCUCCAAGUAUGUCUGACAUACGAAAGGAUAUUCGCGAUAAAAGAUGCCUACAGAAGAGUAAAGAUAUCGAUUGUAAGGAUCAAUGUAAUGAUAUUACUGUCAUGUGUGGUGUCUUCUACUAUGCAAUCUAUGUACUUUACAACUUACAAUGACUAUGUUUGGUAUACGGACUUACUACAGUUUAAAAAGACAUGUUGCGACAACGAAUUGAGUCUGAUGACAGAGAACAUACGAAAGGUUGGGUCGGUGUUGGAGUUUGGAGGAAAUAUUAUUCUGGUUUCUUUGAUUUUACAUCAUGUAAGUUUACUUUAAAUUAUUGUUUUAUACGAUAGUAAAUUUAGUAAUAUACUUUGCAGUAACAUAUUUAAAAUAAGAGGUGAUAAGGCAGACUAAGACCAAUGUAAAAUGCAGUAUUUGAUUUAAAAUUAAGAUUAUUACGGUGUAAUGUUGGUUUUAGUAUUAGCAGACUGUAGAAGAACAAAUUAUUAUAAAAAAUACGGUUUAACAUAUCAUACAUACAAAUAUGCCUACAUAACAUCAUACAUACGAGUAUGUAUGUCUUUGCAGUAAAAGUUCUAUAAAUAUAUCAUGUAGAAACAAAAACAAGGCUACAGUAAGCUUUCAGAAGAAACGGUAUCAGAUAAGUUCACUGCCUCGAGAGUUUGAAGUUAGGCUUAUACUACAGAACUUUACUCUGUCAGCUUUACUAUUGUUUCCGACUAACUAUGUUACUCUUACUCUGACUGGUAUUCCGUUUAUAGUACACUUUGUACAGUUUGCGUGGAUUGUCGUUUUGACAGCUCAACCUGUGAUAUUCAUGUUGUCUGAUAAGUAAGUCGUUUCAUCUUGUCGUCGCGAGCGGUCGGGUGUGGAGGAGUUUUACCUAAUUUCUUCUAAUACGGGAGGAUGUCUGGACGGUGCAUGAGGUUAAACUUUUGUAUGAUAUUGAUAAUUUUAGUCUUAAAAUUGUAUUUUCAGUAGAAUCUUCAGAUUUUGUGUGGAAACUUUCGUGCCAGGAGCUGUUAAUGUGAUUCGAUUGAACAGAACUGACACUGCUUCUGUUAUAAUACGAUUUUGA